AUGGCACCUGCAUCGGACUUAGCCGGUGAUACCGCUAGAACCUCGGGUGUUCAUUCGCCUGUCGAGGCUGAAAGUCUUGUGAGCGGCUUCUCACAACUUCUACAAACAAUCCACUUUCCACUGACAAAGAUCAAGGAGAUAAGCGAGGCAGAAAUGGAAGCGGCUGCUCGAGGCGCCACGGCGCUGGAGAAUAAAGACUUCCGGGGCGCUCUCGACGCUUACACGCGAGCCCUCAUAGAACACCCUCUCUCACCAGACUACCUCACUCAGCGUUCGAUCGCUUUCACCCGUCUCAACCCACCUCGCAAUGACCUCGCUCUGAAAGAUGCAGAGCUCGCCGUCCUGUCCGCUCAAAAGCGCGCCGUACGCGAGAAGAUUUACGCUGCACAACUCCGAAGAAUGGUCACACUCUAUGGACUUGGACGCUACGCGGACGCCGCAUUUCUCGUGGAGAAACUGAGGCCCCUCAGCCCAAAAGACAGCAAAAAGCACAAGAUGGAAGUGGACAUGUGGGCUGCCAAAAUCAGAACAAAACAAAUUGGAAAGCCAGAGCAGGAGGUCACCAUUACUGAAGUUCCAGAAUACCCACUGCCUUCUGAGAAAAAGAUGCUUGAACAGGUGAAGAUGCAGCUGGAUCCAGACGGAAAAUACGUCUUUCCAGAAGAUGCCGCCGCCGCUGCUGCCAUUCAACUCUCAAAACAAGCUACCAGUGCUGCUCCAACUGCGCCGCCUGCAGGAAUGACCAAGGAUGGCGCCAUGGACGCUCAAUCGGCACCUUCAGCCACGGAAGUCACUGCUACCUCUUCCUCAUCCGCCGCCCCAAAGAUCCGACAUGAAUGGUACCAAAACAAUCAGUCCGUCACGUUGACACUCUACGCGAAAGGCGUCGCCAAGGAUGCAGCAGACAUUGAAAUCAAUGCUGACUCGGUGUACAUCACCUUCCCUCACCCGUCCAAUCUUGACUCGACAUUCACAUUCACACUUGACCCUUUGUUCGCACUGGUCGACCCUGCUCAAAGCACCGCAAACGUCAUGUCGACCAAGAUCGAAAUCAACCUUCGCAAGGCACAGGCCGGCCAGAAAUGGCACACUCUCGAAGGAUCUGCACCUCUCAAGCCUGCGGAGGCCAGUGCCAAUCGGGACUCUACCACAGCCUCUACCGCCGCUGCCCGGCCUGCAACCAGCACAGCUACAGCACCAGCAUAUCCUACCUCAUCCCGCACGGGCCCUAAGAACUGGGACAAGCUCGCGAACGACCUGCACGCCCAGUCAAAGACUAAGCAGAAGAAGCAAUCUUCCAAAAAAAUUACUGAAGGUUCUGAUUCUGCUUCCGAAGGUGAUGGAGAGGCAGAGGUUGAUUCAGACUACGAAUCAGGCGACCCGGUCGACGGCUUCUUCAAGAAGAUCUACGCCAAUGCGGAUCCAGACACACGUCGUGCCAUGCAGAAGUCUUUUCUCGAGAGUAAUGGAACGUCGUUGAGCACCAACUGGCCGGAAGUGUCAAAGGGAAAGGUCGAAGAAGUCAAGUCCAAGGAUGAUGCUUGAAUUAGCGAUGAUACCUGAGUUGUCUCUCAGGACUCAGACCCCCAAGGACGAAGCUUGAAAAGCGAUGAUACCUGGCGCGACAUUGAGUUGGCUCUCAGGACUCAAAACCCCCCGUGAUCUCAGAAGAGAUACUGAGACAAGAUGAAGGGCAAGAAUAGCCGAGUCUGUACUUGUAGUGAUUACAUGAUACCAAUGAGAGAUGAAUAAG